UUUCUGGAAGACGAAUGCUUUUGUUUGAGUUCUAAGGAUUUGCAGGCAAACGAUAAUUUGGAGUCGAAAAUGAGGCCUUUAUUCGUGGGGAAUAUCGAGUAUGAUGCACGUCAACCAGAACUGGAGCGAUUGUUCUCCAAGUAUGGAAGGAUCGAGCGUGUUGACAUGAAAUCUGGAACAUCUCCUAAGGAAAAAAGAGCUUGUAUCAUGGCUCAACACUUGCAAAAACUUCUAUUGCAAGGCAACCUAUAUGUCUUCCUGUACUCCUCAAUGAUGGAAUCAUACUGCAUUUCUUAGAUCAAUCUUCUGUCAUUCACUUACUUCAUUGCCCAUGUUGCCAUUUUUCAAGAAUGGUUGUGGUGGGAUCUAUCUGUUCUUCAUGCCAUGCCUACCACUAUUAAUAAGCGGAUCAAUGAAUUCUAUCAUGCCUUGCCUCCAUAUUCUGAAUCGUGCUGUGAAAUUGGUGAAGCAUGCUUAGCAAUGACUACUCAGGCUUGACUUCUUGGAUUUAAACCUUUAAUAAGACUUCAUCAUCAUCAUGAUUUUGUUCAUGCAAGGCCUCUCUCUCUCCUUACUUUCAUCAGGCCUUCACAUACUUGCAGGCUUUGCGUUUGUCUACUUCGAGGAUGAGCGUGAUGCAGCUGAUGCCAUCCGUAGUCUUGAUAACAUGCCAUUUGGGUAUGACAAGCGCCGGUUAUCAGUGGAAUGGGCAAAGGGUGACCGUGGUCGACCUCGUGAUGAUUCCAAGGUUGCAGUAAACCAAAGACCAACAAGAUCUUUGUUUGUCAUUAACUUCGACCCUAUUCGCACUAGGGUGCGUGACAUAGAGAGACACUUUGAACCGUAUGGAAAGAUCCUUAAUGUUCGAAUACGCCGAAAUUUUGCAUUUGUGCAAUAUGAAAAUCAGGAAGAUGCCUCAAAAGCCUUGGAGUGUACACACAUGAGUGAGAUCCUCGACAGAGUUGUUUCUGUAGAGUAUGCUUUGAGGGAUGAUGGUGAGAGGGGUGACAGGUAUGAUAGCCCUAGAAGAGACUAUGGCAGGCAUGGUGAUAGUCCUUACCGAAGGUCACCGAGUCCUAUGUAUCGCAGGGGUCGAUCUAGUCCUGAUUAUGGUCGUCCUCAUAACCCCGCAUAUGAAAAAUACAAUGGUUCAUCAUAUGAUCGGUACAGGAGUACAGAGUAUGGAAGCUAUCGCAGGUAGAUUCGUAGUGUCUGA